ACAACCCGAAGAAAGUAAAUAUCAGUGUAGAGGCUUCAGCUCAUUGAUGCAGCGCCUCAGCAAUGGCCUUUUGCCUGUGCAGCCAAGGCUAAGGACUGCCGCACAAAGUCUAAGAGAGAAGUGAAAAACCGCCCACCCACGGCGUGCAUGGUCGUACAUCUAACCAAGCUAAGUUCCAAAUUAAGGUUCUGAGUGUUGAUGCGCACCUGACCGCCAAUCUAUGACAAGGGGAGAGUAAGUAAAGUGAUAAGACAUGCAUAUCAUUACUAGCCACAAUUGGCCCGAUUGCGCUUCCUGUAUGUGGUCAAUCCCGUUUGCUCACCGAGGGAACCCUGAACCAGUUCAGCGAGUACUCACCUGCACUAUGCGCAAGUUAAAUAACCCAAACGCAUGGCCAUCCAGAGGCAAGACAUAAAUUAGGGAGCUAACCCAACUGGGUCCGAACUUACAUCCUACGCCCUCGAUGUCCCGGGAUGAGGCGAUUAACUCACUUGUCACAACGUCAGAGAACGAUUUUAUUGAAAAAAAGAAACAAUAAGCCUCUAUACUUGUCCGAGGCCCAUUUUUUGGGCAUUAACGAGCACAAAGCU